AUAUAUUUUCCAGUCGAGGUUUACACUCUGUCAGCAGUUGCCCGGGGCAGUUUUUAGCGUGGACGUGGCUCGGGACAGCCUCUCGUUGCUGACGUCGGAAAGCGAGUGGCGGAAGCGGCCGUUGAAAGCGGAGCAAUGAGAGGAGUGUCAAAAAGGAGGCAGAAUCUGCCGCCGCCAAGUCAAAUCCUGAAACCAACAGAGCAGAAAACCAAUACACCACAAGUUUGUUCCACAGAAACCAACACAGAUUCAUUUUCACUGUUGAGAAUCUGUUCUCGCCUCAUCUCAGUUUUAAAGUAUCUUCUUCUAAUCCUUGUGAUUCCACCAUUCCUAAAUUAUGCAUCCCUCCAGAGGGAAGGAGCUUUACUUCAGCCUCAAGAAGGUCAGCUGAUUGACAUUGGACAGGGUCAAAAAUUAUAUUUGUCCUGCAUUGGGAAAGGACAACCUGUUGUAAUAUUUGAUGCUCCCACUGGUAUGUCUUCCGAUGUAUGGCUCUCGAUUCAAAAGGAUGUGUCUCUCGUAACCCAGGCAUGCAUAUAUGACAGAGCUGGACUUGGCUUCAGUAAAAAAACAUUCCAGAAUGAAGAAACCAGACAGGAUAAACCAUGGGCACAGUCAACAACUGGAAGAAUGGUAGAUGACCUACACGAACUUAUUAAGGAAACUAAAUUGCAGAGCCCUUUUGUACUUGUGGGAUCGGAACUUGGGACACUCAAUGCAAGAUUUUAUGCCCACAUUCACAACUGGGAGGUUUCUGAUCUUGUUCUCAUUGAUCCAAUCCCUGAAGAACUGUUUAUGGAAGAUGUAUGGUUGCAGUACUGGUACAAAGAACUAAUCUCUUAUCAUCAGAUUCUACAGUUCUCUGCUGCUAUUGGUUUAAAUAGAAUGCUUUUAAUCGCAGGGCUGCUGCAACCAGCAAUUACAGGGGAAAAUAUUUCUACAGAAUUUGUGAUGAGACAGAAAUACUUGCUGAGCAAUCCAGCCCAUCUGAGUACAGCUGUGGAUGAACACUUCUUUAUCAAUGAGAGCACCUCCCAAGUCAGAGACAUUUCACACUUUAAACCUCUCUCCAGCGCAACUUCUGUAACUGUGAUCACAGGAGACCAUUAUGAUGAACAGCUUCCUGAUUCUCUGAACAAGGUUGUGUUCCAAUUUCAACAUCGAUUCAUUGCACAAAGUUAUCCCUCAGUCAAAUGGAUCAAAAUAAAAGGAGCAGACAGAAGGAUGAUCUACAGAAAUCCUAGUGAAGUGGCAAAACAGCUAAAGAAACUUAUAAAUAAAAAGAGAGUUAAACAAGAGAGUCAGUAACUCUGCCACACUAUCCAACCAUGUUCAAUGGUUUCUCCAGCAUCUGAAGAAGGAUAUCAUAAUUCAGAAUCUCUAAAAGUUGCUGCUUAUUGAUGAAGGUGGCAUUUUCAAGCAUAUAAGUGUGGAGAGAUAACGGAUAAAGUAACAGAAGAUUUUGCCUGCUGAAACAUUGGGUGAAAAUCUUCAAGAAAUGUGAUAUAAGCAAAUGAGGAAACUACUGUGAAAAUAUCAUUUACAGUUUCUCUUCAGUUUAAAUUUAAAGUGGCGUUCUGUUUUGUUCAGUAUGUAUAAGGUUUAGACCCACAACUUUUCACAUGCAUUACAUAUAUUCUGUUACUACAAAGAGAAAAAAAUAAAUGAUUACUAUGUU